CUGCUGGCCAGGCAUGUCUGUCCCCGGCCCCCUCCCGCCGAGUGUGUCACAACAGCGGAGGCGGCCGUAUCUGGAGCAGUUGGGGUGGGCAGGCCCAUCCGCGAGGCGAGCGGGCGAGGAGGACAGCCGCGAUGCGGGAAUGCAUAUCAGUCCACGUGGGUCAAGCAGGAGUUCAGAUCGGCAAUGCCUGCUGGGAGCUCUUCUGCCUGGAACACGGCAUCCAGGCUGACGGCACCUUUGGUGCCCAGGCCAGCAAGGUCAACGAUGACGACUCCUUCACCACCUUUUUCAGUGAGACUGGCAAUGGGAAGCAUGUGCCCCGAGCUGUCAUGGUAGACCUGGAGCCUACUGUCGUGGAUGAGGUUCGGGCAGGAACCUACCGCCAGCUCUUCCAUCCAGAGCAACUGAUCACAGGAAAGGAAGAUGCAGCUAACAACUAUGCCCGGGGCCACUAUACAGUGGGCAAGGAGAGCAUUGACCUGGUGCUGGACCGCAUACGGAAGCUGACAGAUGCCUGCUCUGGGUUGCAAGGCUUCCUGAUCUUCCACAGUUUUGGUGGGGGCACUGGCUCCGGCUUUACUUCUCUGCUGAUGGAACGCCUCUCCCUAGAUUACGGCAAGAAGUCCAAGCUAGAGUUUGCUAUCUACCCGGCCCCACAGGUGUCCACUGCAGUGGUAGAGCCCUACAACUCCAUCCUGACCACCCAUACCACACUGGAACAUUCAGAUUGUGCUUUCAUGGUGGACAAUGAAGCCAUCUAUGACAUCUGCCGCAGGAACCUAGACAUCGAGCGCCCUACCUACACCAACCUCAACCGCCUAAUCAGCCAGAUUGUGUCCUCCAUUACUGCCUCUCUCCGCUUUGAUGGGGCCCUCAAUGUGGACCUCACUGAGUUCCAGACCAACCUGGUGCCCUACCCCCGCAUCCAUUUCCCACUGGUCACCUAUGCACCUAUCAUCUCUGCUGAGAAAGCCUAUCAUGAACAGCUCUCUGUGGCUGAGAUAACCAGCUCCUGCUUUGAGCCCAACAGCCAGAUGGUGAAGUGUGACCCGAGACAUGGCAAGUACAUGGCCUGCUGCAUGCUCUACCGGGGAGACGUGGUGCCCAAGGAUGUGAAUGUCGCUAUUGCCGCCAUCAAGACCAAGAGGACCAUCCAGUUUGUAGAUUGGUGUCCCACAGGCUUCAAGGUGGGCAUCAACUACCAGCCACCCACUGUGGUGCCAGGAGGGGACCUGGCCAAAGUCCAGCGGGCUGUCUGCAUGCUAAGCAACACCACGGCGAUUGCAGAGGCCUGGGCCCGUCUGGACCACAAGUUUGACCUCAUGUAUGCCAAGCGAGCCUUUGUGCAUUGGUAUGUUGGAGAGGGAAUGGAAGAAGGGGAAUUUUCUGAGGCCAGGGAGGACCUGGCUGCCCUUGAGAAGGAUUAUGAAGAAGUGGGGACUGAUUCAUUUGAAGAAGAAAAUGAAGGGGAGGAAUUUUAAAUAUACAUGUUCCCCAUGGCUGUAUCUCUUUAUUUAUGCUGUUCCUGUCAAGUAUACUCAACCAUUUCAAGAGUAACAGACCAUACUCCCAAAGUCAGGCUGACUUCUGUCUUGCAUAAGAGGAGUGCCUGGGCCAAAAAUGGAGGCUGGAGGCUGAACUCUGCCAUACCCUUCCUUGGUUAUAGCAGCUUUGUGCCACCAAAAAAGAAAGAGGGUCACCGUCUCUGGGUUAGAGUGAAGACAAGUUAUACUUGUGAGGAGGCCUAAUCAGGAGUUUUAAUUCCUGCGUGGGCUGGGCCAAACCCCAAACACAGCCUGCUGACUGGAGCACGGUAGAAUACUUUGGGAAAGGGAAGAUCUGGGUAUUGGGAAGAUUCUGGGCAGGGAGUUAGCAGAAGUUCACAUUAAUGGGUCUGUGGCAUGGCCCAGGCACCAUCUAGACUUAUCACAUGUUCAUUCAUUCAUCAAUUAUUUGAGUAUGCCCUAUGUGCUAGGCGUUGUUCUGAGAGCUAGAGAGGUGGUGAUAAAUAAGACAGACAAAUUUCCUGCCCUUGUAAAUGCAACAAAGAUCAUUUCAGGUAGUAAAUGAUAGGAAGGGAAAAACCAAUGAAGAACCAAAGUGUCUGGGGUGAGGGAAGGCCUCGCAGAGACCUGAAUGGCAGGAAAGAGUCAUCAUGUGAAGCUUGGAGUCAGCGGAUUCUGGGCAUAGUGAAGAGCAAAUGCAAAAGCACAGAUGUGGGAACAAGUUUGGAGCGUCUGCAGAACAGAAAGGAGCUCAGUGUGCUGCAAGAUGGUGAGAGACGAAGAGAUGAGACCCAAGAGUUAGGCAGAGGCUAGAGCAUUUCCACCCAUAUAGACCAUGGUAAGGAGUUUAGACCUUUUGUUUAAGUGAAGAGAACCCUUGGGAGGAUUUUAAGCAGGGCAUCUAUUACGAGCUAGGUGGUUUAUCUACACUGUUAGGUGCUUUAUAUGCUUUAUCUUGAAUCUUCCCAACAGUUUCAAAAUGAAUAUUCUGCUCAUUUUAUAGAUGAAGAAACAGGCAUAGAGAAUCCAAAGUGCUGGAGAUGCUAAGAAGUGGAGCUCAGAUAGCAGGGCCUACCAAUUCCAUUCUGUCAUCUACCGUACACUGUUUUUAUCCCUUGGCUUUUGUGCCAGGUCCCAACUGUUGCCUCAUAAAAGGAGGAAUGAGGAGAAGCAUCAUUUACAAAAGGGAGGAUGAGCUAAUGCAUCUUUUCCCUGAAGUUGGUGGCUCUGGUAGGAUUUUAGGAAUAACCAAAGGCUGCUCUUAAACUGCUAGUAGAUUACACAGGGAUGGGCCCAUAGUAGGUCCCUAUGCAUGAAAUACACACCUCUUUAGCUGCUGUCUUUCCUUAAAUGUUUCUAUUCUAUAUUCCUUGGAAGUCCUGAGAAUAACUGAAUAAAAUGGAAGAUCAGGCAAGAAGUGAUGCCAGUCCCUCCUAGAGGAUUAUUUUCAGGGAGAUCACACUCUCUUGCUCCUCUUUGAAGGAGAUCAUGAUGUUAAAAAAGAAAUGCCCAGGCCUGCUGUCCAUUGUGACCUCAUUCCUGCACCAGGUUCCAUAGGUGUCUCCAAGGAAGAGCCUGGCUUUGGUAGAGACUUAGUGGAAAUGAGCUGCUCCUCCCCCAAAGAGUCAGUGGAGACCUAGUGGGGAAACUGAGCUCCCAUUCCUGAUCAGCAAUAACAAAGUAGUAACAAGCAAACUAUAUGCCUUUUUGUAUAGUUUGACUUAUAGAGGUUCCCUGGUGGUGCAGUGGUUAAGCACUUGACUGCUAAGCGGAAGGUUGGUGGUUCGAACUCACCAGCUGCUCCACGGGAGAAAGAUGUGGGAGUCUGCUUCCCUAAAGAUUUACAGCCUUGAAAACCCUAUGGGGAAGUUCUACUCUGUCCUACAGGGUUGACAUGAGUUGGAAUUGACUCAAUGGCAACGGGUUUGUUUUUUUUGGUUUGACUUAUGGAAUCAUGUUAAUGUUUGACAUAUUCAAAAAUAUGCAAAAACAAAACAAAACAAAACAACAACAAAGAAUAAGGAUCAGGGAGGAAAAACCACGAAAUCACAUCACACACAAAAAAUUGUAUAUAAAAUGGGUAGCAUAACCACUUCGGAAAAAAAUCUAAUCCAAGUAAUUUCAAACACAGUUCUUUUACAGAAAGAAUCACAAAGAAAUCUUGAACUUUAUUUAGUAAGUUUGCUGUUGGUAGUAUAGGUGUAGCUAUUCUCAAGUGUGUGUAUAUAUUGUCAGAUUGAGCUAAGGUGCCCACUGGGGAAGUAUGGAGCUAUAAGUAUGGGAUGGAAUAAAGCAAGGAAUAACCCUGUAGUAUUGGAUUGGAAUUGGAGGUAUCAGAAUGAAUGCAUUUUUUUUUUUUCUAAUAAGAAUCUAUUUCUCAGCUCUGUCCAUUGAAAUGAACUAGAAACAAUGACACCUUGGUAGUAAUGAGAGUUCUUGGUUUCUAAAAACCAUUCCCCUUUAAAAGGAACCACGUCUUCUUGGAGAAAUGGACAAUUUCAGGGCCGAAGCAGGAAAGCUACAGGACGAACUUGGAAUACUUUGUGUCAGAAGGGAAGGACAUGCCCAAAAAGUGGUGGGGAACAUGUCCUACUGGCCAAACUGAGUAUCAAAAUUCAUGACAGGAAGGGGUUAAAACUCACUGAGUUAAAAAAGAAUCCUUGAGUCCAUGGUGAAACUAAGAAAGAAAAAGAGGAGAGCAGAAGAAAAAGCUCUUUUUUGUAGAAUGCCAACUAAUAAAUGUAGGAGGACCAAAACCAAAAUGAUACAGAUAUUAGAAUUAUCUGAUGAGUGUUUUAAGCAGUCUCACAAAAAUGCUUCUAUAUGAUUGAAACAAAUUUUAAAAAUGGAAAGUCGCAGCAAAAAAUAAGAUAUAAAGAAAAACCAAGUGGAAAUUUUAGAAAUGAAAAAUAAAAUAAUAAGCUCACUGGAUUCAGAAAGCAAUGAAGUGCUUCAAAAAUACAACAAUGAUAACAAAAAGAAACAAAAAAAAACAAAACCCUGUUGCCAUCAAGUCCGACUCAUAGCGACCCUAUAGGACAGAGCAGAACUGCCCCACAGAGUUUCCAAGGAGCACCUGGUGGAUUUGAACUGCCAACCUUUUGGUUAACAGCUGCAGCACUUAACCACUAUGCCCCUAGGGUUUCCACAACAAUGAUAAACAAUGAUAAAAAAAAAAAAAUAGAGCUAUGUAAAAGGGACAGGAGCCAAUUGAAAGAGCACUCAAGGGCCGAAGCUGAGACAAUUUGAGCAACAAAGUAAAAAAAAAGUAUUAGAUUAAACCCAAAGUAUAAUAUAAAUAUCCAUGAGUUCAUAUUGAUACAAAUAUUGAUUGGAUAAAUAAAUAAUUGGAGAGAACAGACAAAUCUCCCCUGCAGAAGAGUUCCAAAUAAUUUAUGUAAACUACUCUGCCCUCAACUCAAGGAGAUGGAGCAUAACAUCCCAUUCCUUUAAUAUGGGCUGUACAUGUUACUUUCUUCCAAAGAGUAUGGCAUGGAAAAAAAAGAGGAAUUUUAUGGUGGAGAAAUCCGAAAAACACUACCUUAGCCACGUGACCCAAUUAACAUCAACAGCAAGUCUUGACACUGUGCACGCUUAUUAGUGAUGUGAUGUGAUGAGAACACCACCUUUAUCUCUGUGGUCUUCCUCUCAGAAAUGCAUAGCUCCAGUAAUCCCGAGAAAAACAUCAGACAAAUUCCAGACACCCUACAAAAUACCUGACCAGUACCCCACAAAACUGUCAAGCAAAGUCUGAGAAACUGUCACAGCAAAGAGCAGUCUAAGGAAACAAGAGGACUAACUGUAAUGUAGAUGGGAUCCUGGAACAGAAAAAGGACAUUAGGUCAAGACCAAGGAAAUCUGAAUACAGACUUUAGUUAAUAAUAAGGUAUCAGUACUGGUUCAUGAAUUGUUGUCACAAAUGUGCCAUACUAAUGUAAGAUGAUAGAGUGGGAGAAGCUGGUUGUGGGAACUCUGUGUACAUUGUCUGAUGUGGUUCUCAAAGUAUGUAGAUAAUGAUAGUUGCAUUAAUAUUAAAUUUCCUGAAUUUGGUAAUAAUUGUACUGAGAUACAUAUAGACUAUUUUAGGGCUGCAGAAUCUUGAUCUCUAUAAUUUACUCUCAGAGAGUCCAGCAAAAAAAAAAUUUAAUAUAUAUACACAGAGGUAGGGGUGUGUGUGUGCGCGUGCACGCGCGCAUACAUUCAUGUAUGAGACAGAAAAGCAAUAAACGAAAAAUUUUUGUCACAAAAAAUUGUGUCAAAAUGUUAAUAACGAAUGAAGAGUAUAUGAGGUCAUUGUAAUGUACUUUUAACUUUUCUGUAUGUUUAAAGUUUAUAUUCCAAGAUAAAAAAAUCAUAAAAAAAAAAAAUCCUUCUUUACAGCAACAAAUUGCAGAGGACAGAGAAUGACUGAGAAUGUAGUCACGUCCUGAAGAAUGACUGAGAAGGUAGUUACAUCUUGAAGCCAACGCCAGGAAAAUGAAACUUAGAGUUCUUUUUGCUGCUUCAACUUAUCAAAACUCUCUCCUUCUUAGGAGAAUGUAUUUACCCAAAAGAAUACUGUGAUGGGGAUUCAAUUUACAGACCUUAAAAGCCAAUUUAUUGUUUAUUUUUGGCAGUAUACAAAUAUAUAGUAGAAUUAAAAAAAAACUUAUCUUGACAAAAUGCAGAGGGGAAAAUAAGCAGGAGAGACUUGUGGAGAAGGAAUGAAAGACAAAUCACAUGAAGCCAUAUGUGUCUAUAGAGAAAUGAACUUUGUAAAUAAGCACAAAUAUUUUAUUAAUAAUUCUUUUUGUUCUUGCCAUUACCCCAUGCAAUAAAACGUGCCCUUUCCCCUGUACAAAAAUUAGCAUCAGUUUCUAUAAACUGUUCCUCACUUUGGAACAGCUUUUUCCUGAAGUAGCUUUUCACUGUGAAGGAGAACUAGAUUAUUCCAUAAAGUCAGCCAGACAUCUUUGUGACUGAGUUUUUAGGCAGAACUUUCAAGUGAGGCAGUCAAGUGUAGCUUCUUGCUCCACACUUCAAAUUUAAAAAAGAAAAAAAGAGUAAGAAAUUCAGCCAGUGAGAGUUCGAGUGACAUUGAAACUAUCCUAAAUAAGCAGAAAUACUGUGCAAGCUGCAGAAAAUACUUCCAGGGCCCAAGCUUUGUUUUGAAACAAAGUUUAUGCAGUUUCAAUUUAAACUCUUUGAUGCAUGGUGUUGAAAACCUUUUUAACCAAUGUGUUCAACUAGCAUACUCUGUAAAGGAUCUCCAGAUAAAAAGCAUCCAUAAUAUUUUUUUUUACAUUAAAGAAAUGUAAAACAAUAUCAAACUUGCAGAAAAGCUGCAAGUACAGCACAAAAACUUUUUUCUUGAAUGAUUUGAGAGUAAGUUUCCAACAUGUCAUUACCCCCAGUAGUUUUCGUGUUAAAUUACUACCAUCUAAAAAAAAAAAAAAAAAAAAUUUUUUUUUAACCUUCAGACCCCAUUUAAGUUUCACUAACUGUCCUAAUAUUAUCGUUUAGAGCAAAGAAUACAGUUCAGAAUCUACUACUGUUGCAUUUAGUUAUCAUCUCUUUGAUUUCCAUCAGUCUGGAACAAUUCCUUACCCUUUCUUUGGCUUUCAUGACCUGGGCACUUUUGAACAUUACAGACCAGCCGACAGUUCCUCAGUCUGAGUUGGUCAGAUUCACGACUGGACUCAGGUUAUGCUUCUUCGAUAGGAAUAUCACAGAAGCGAUGCUAUGUUCUUUUCAUUGUGUCCUCUCAGGAAGGGUUUCAGUUUGUAUUAUCACUGAUGAUGGCCCCUUUGAUUACGUGAUUAAGGCAGCAUCUGCCACUGUGAAGGUGCUCUUCUCCCCUUUGUAAUUAACAUGGAUUUUGCAGGAAAGUACUUUGAAACUGCAAAUAUUCUAUUCCUCCUCAAACUUUCAAUUUAUUCAAUUAUUCGUAUUGUUAGGGACUAUGUUUUCCUAGGAAUCCCUGGAGGUACAGUGGUUAAGAGCGACGUCUCCUAACCAGAAUAUAGGCAGUUCAAAUCCACCAGGCCCUCCUUGGAAACUCUGUGGGGCAAUUGGUCCUACAGAGUUGCUAUGAGUUGGAAUUAACUUGGUUUUUUUUUUUUUUUAAAUAUGUUUUCCUAAUUUACUUAAUGAAUUAUAAUCUCCUGAUUUUAAUAUCAUUAUUUAUUUUAAUGCUUAAAUUGUUCUGGAUUUGGCCACUGGGAGCCCUUUCAAGCUGGCUUCUGGGUAUUUUUGAUGCACCCUUAUCACGCUUUGAGCAUUUCCUUACUUUCUGAUAGAACAAGAUGUUUUAGGCUCAUCUUGUACUUUCCCUUUCCUAACCUUGGAAACAGCCAUCUCUCUUAGCAACUCUGGCUCCUUUUACUGUUGUGCUGUUAGUUGCCACUGACUCCAAGUUGUGGCAACCCCAUAUGAGCAGAAUAGAACUGCCACAUAGGGUUUUCA